GUGGCUUGUGCGUGUGGUGCAUGCUGUUGCGAUCGGUUGCGAUGUUGGGACUACUGAUCUUCCGUCUGAUCGCUGCAGUCGUGUGCCUGGGGACGGCUAGAGGCCUCCUGUACCCUCGCGAGUCGGAGAGCAGGGAGGUGAAGGUGCUGGACGGGCUCUGGCAGUUCAGAGCCGACUUUUCGCCUAGCAGGGACGAGGGCUUCGUGAAUCAAUGGUACAGCCAGCCCCUUGCAACGACGGGGGAGGUGAUGCCGAUGCCGGUGCCGUCUAGUUGGAACGACAUCACCCAGAACGCCAGCAUAAAGGAGUACAUUGGCUGGGUGUGGUAUGAGAGAGAGGCGUGGGUGCCUGCUCUCUGGACUGGUCUGGAGAUCGUGCUGAGGUUUGAGAGCGCCCACUACAACGCCAUUGCUUGGGUGAAUGGAGUGGAGGUGGUGAGUCACAGUGGAGGCCACCUGCCAUUCCAGGCCAACAUCACAGACCUGGUCAAGAUGGGGGCUCCCAACAGGAUCACUGUGGCCAUCAACAACACACUCACCCCUCACACCCUCCCCCCCGGCACCCUCACCCACGGUGGACCUCCAGAGCUCCCCGAGGGAUUCGUUUCACUCAACUAUCAGUUUGAUUUCUACAACUACGCUGGUCUGCACCGACCAGUGAAGCUAUACACGACUCCCCUGUCAGUUCAUGUUGACGAUGUGACGUUGGUGACCUCCCUGCUGGCCAACGGAAGUGUCGACCUGUCCUACACGGUGGACGUCUUUGUCUCUGACUCGGGGCCUGUGGAGCUCCAGAUUAUCCUGAGGGAGAAGGAGGGAGGUUCGGCGGUCUCGGCCUCUCUCCAGCUCCCUGGCUGCCAGAAGUCACCGUGUGUCCUGACCGGGAAUGGCCAACUGCUGGUGAACAAUCCUAGACUCUGGUGGCCCUGGACCAUGGAGCCGAAUGACCCUGGAUACCUCUACCAACUUGAGAUGGUAGCUACGACGUCGGCCAAAGUGUCGGACUACUACAGAAUGCCCGUUGGUCUGAGGACCGUCAGUCUCGGCACUCCGCAGCUCAACAUCAACGGGAAGCCUUUCUACUUUCACGGAGUUGACAAACACGAGGAUGCUGAUAUCCGUGGCAAGGGUCUGGACUAUCCACUGAUGGUGAAGGACAUGAACCUGUUCAGGUGGCUGGGGGUGAACGCAUUUCGGACCAGCCACUACCCGUAUGCAGAGGAGUUUAUGGAUCUCGCUGCCGAGUAUGGCAUUGCUGUCAUUGACGAAUCUCCGGCCGUCGGUCUCCAGGGCCAGAACUUUGUGAACGAGACUCUACAGCAUCAUCUGGAGGUGAUGCACGAGCUGAUCCAGAGAGACAAGAACAGGGCCAACGUCAUCAUGUGGUCUCUGGCCAACGAACCGGCCUCCAACGACCCCAGAUCCAAAGACUAUUUCGAGUCGGUGGCCAAGUGGACUCGUAUUCUGGACUCUACGCGACCAAUCACAUUUGUUACUGACCAGCACCCAGGAGACGACUACGCAGCCCAGUACAUGGACACAAUUGGAGUGAACUACUACUCCGGAUGGUACACGUACCCCGGUUACCCCGACGCCAUUCCCUACACACUCAGCACGUGGCUCGAGGAGUGGAACAAGUCGUUUGGUAAACCUUUCUUCAUGUCCGAGUAUGGUGCUGGAGCAGUCAGCGGGAUGCACAUGGACCCACCGACUCUGUACACCGAAGAUUAUCAGUCUGCAGUGCUGACGAACACUUGGACGGUGUUUGACAAGUACAGGCAGUCGUUUCUAAUGGGAGAGCUCCUCUGGAACUUCCAAGACUUUGAGUCCUAUGAGAAGUCUGACAGGGUGAACGGGAACAAGAAGGGGGUCAUGACUCGCCAGCGGCAGCCCAAGGCAGCUGCUCGACUCCUGAGGCAGCGCUACCUCUCCCUGGCCCAGGGCUACGACACCCACACCUGCCCCAACGGCCUGCUGGACUACUCCCAGAAGAUUGUCUAUGUCAACUGACACCAUUGAUCAGCAGCACCUCUGUACAUGUUCUAUAUGCCUUAAUGCCAGCAUUGGGCCUUUAUACACUAUCUGCUAGAAUGAUUUCAACACAUUUUUGGCUAGCGAAGCGGUAGUUUGAUUUUUGCGUGUAUUUAGAAAAUAAACAUUACGGUAUAUAAUGUGCUGUGUUGGUUGAUGGCCUGUAUCUUACACAUGGAAAUAUCCCACAUUCAGAAGACGAGGCACGCUCGCUUUGCUUUUGCUCGCAAAUAACCUGAGCUCCGCAAUAACUUGAAGUGUUUUCAGAUACGAACAGGAAUUUGUGCUCACAUCGCAGACAUGUAAAGCUACACUGUAUGCGUUGCUAACUUUCGUUGGACAAAAGUUCGCCCACUUUCUCACAGGAACUCGGCAAAGAGGUGCUUGUUUCUUUCGCUCUCCAGCAGAGCUCUGCCCAGUCGCUGGCAGGUGCUGCGGGGCCCUGCCUCCAUUGAGAACCUCUUGAGCAUCUGGAAACACUGCUCCCGGAUGUCGUUCUGGUUCUCGAGAGAGAUGCGGUCGAGGUCGUGCUCUUUCACGUCGAGGU